CUGUACUAUUAUCACCGCCAGCUGAUCUGCAACAUUCUGCAUCUGACAUGUCUCCCCAGGCCAACUUUGACAAGGCAGCAGAGGAUGUAAAGAAGCUGAAAACCAAACCAACUGAUGAUGAACUGAAGGAGCUGUAUGGCCUUUACAAGCAGUCAACUGCCGGGGACAUAAAUAUAGAAUGUCCUGGAGUGCUAGAUCUGAAGGGAAAAGCUAAGUGGGAAGCAUGGAAUUUAAAGAAAGGUAUUUCCAAAGAAGAUGCCAUGACUGCCUAUAUUUCUAAAGCAGAUGAGCUGAUUGAAAAAUAUGGAAUAUGAUCUUGGUUUCUGAAAUAAUGUAAGAACAUUAGAGAACUCAGUAUAGCACUAGGAUCACUGAUUCCUGCUAAUAUUUUUACUACUUCUGUUUGUACAGUUAACUUAGGCUUUAUUUUAUACAGGAGCAGAAAACUGUUUUCUGUACUGCACCGACUUAUUAAACCAUUUUCCAAGUGA